AUGGCAGCAAUGACUGUAGCUAAAGCUAUCGAUUCCACUAUAGUACUUAACGAUGGUACUGUUAUACCAAUGUUUGGACUCGGUGUCUACCGAAUUGAUGAUAAUUGCUCCGGUGUGAUCGCGGCUGCACUAAAACAAGGGUAUUUGCUGAUUGAUACCGCUGAGUUCUACAAUAACGAAAUUAGUGUCGGAAUUGGAAUUCAGCAGAGUGGUAAAAAACGUGAAGAAAUAUUCGUCAUUUCAAAAUGGUGGCCGACAAAUGAAGGAGCAAACGGCGCUUUGAAAAGUCUUGACCUUUGUCUAAAAAACCUCCAGUCACACUAUGUUGAUCUAUACAUGAUUCAUGCUCCUAAAGAUGGCUAUUGUCGUGAUGCUUACCAAGCAUUGAUGGGCGCAAAGAAAGAGGGAAAGAUUAGAUCCCUAGGAGUAUCAAAUUUUGGUAUACAGCAUUUGGAUGCUCUUGCCAAAUUAGGACUCGAGAAGCCAUCGGUAAAUCAAAUUCAAAUUCAUCCAUGGUGUCAAAAUAGAGAUAUUGUGAGGUACUGUCGAGAAAACGAUAUUACUGUCGUAGGCUAUUCUCCACUGGCUAAAGCAAAGAAGAUGGAUGACAAAAAUUUAGUCGCAAUCGCCGAAAAGUGA